GACGUGGCAAGAUCUGGACGGAGGUAGUGCUGGUGGACGAGUCAGCACGGAAAUCUUAAGACGCUAAUAUCACCGUACGCCGAAACGGCGGCUCAUUGCAGUCGAACUCCGAUCGCCGUUCUCUCAUUUCUGAUCUCUCUCUCUCUCUCUCUCUCAAUAGAAGUAAUUCUCAGCGAUUUAUACUUCAACGUUGUUUUCCCGUUUCUAGUCGACGCAACCUAGGGAUUCAACUUCCGAUACCUGACUUUUUCGUGUGAAUUUAAUUUCAAUUCGUUUUUAGCCGGUUAUUAGGGUUGCCUUCUUCGCUACUGCACUAAAUGGAGGACCUGCCUCUACCGUCAAUUUUCGAACAAGCGAGGAAGAUUCAUAAUGCUGCGACAGAGUCUGCGUCGGAUCAGGAUGUUGUGAGGAAAGGUUGUGAUGCAUUACGUAAGUGUGAGGACAUGAUUGGGAAGCUGGGCUUGUUCUCGGCUAAUGAGACUAAGGAGGAUAUCAGCACCGGAAAUCUUAAAUAUAUUCUGGUGCCAUUUUAUCUUGCUGAGUUGACAGAGAAGAUUGUGCAAGAAGACAGGAUACCGAUCCUUAAAGCUUCUCAGGAAAAAUUAAAGGAGUUCAUAUCAUUUUGUGAAACUAUGGAACUGGUGCCAAAAGAGGAACUUGAAACAUCUACUGAAGGAAAUUCACUUGCAGAUAAAAGGGCUCGUAAAAUUGCACGGUUCAAACGUCAAAAGGCUGCUGAAUCUAAGUUACUUGAGAUAAAGGAGCGAAAAGAGCGCCGUGGUCGUUCAAGCAAAGCAUCUGCAUUGUCUGCUCCUAUAGAGGCAGGAGAGGAGGAUAUGCUGGACGAUGAUGGAGAGGAAGAGCGUGAGGCUUGGCUUACAACCAUCACUCUGGCAAUCUGCAAGGCUUUUGAUCUGCUAGAGAUGCUGAAGAAGGAAGAAGAGAUGCUCUCUUCCAUUAAGGAAAAACAAGAAAAGGAUGGGGACAAAAACUUCUCUAGAGAGAUUCUUGAUGAUCGUAUGAAAAGAGCAGAAGCUUGGCAUCGUGAUGGUGUUGUGAGAGCUCGAUAUUCUAAACCAGCGCCACCAAUCACUUGUGCGACUUUUGCUCAGGAUGUACUAGAAGGGAGAGCAAAUGUCUCUCAAGCACAUGAACACAAACAUCAGCCUCUCAUAUUUGGACCAGCUAGCCUUGUAAAUGGACCCCUUACGAGUGAGCGGGAGAGGUUGGCUGCCCAGGUUUUCCAACCUGGCUUUAGGUUGCCAACCAUGAGCAUCGAGGAGGCUGGGCUGAAAGAGAUGGAAAUGAUGAACAAAUGGCAAGAGAGAACUGCGAAGUUCAUAGAAGAAGCAAACUCUUCAUGGCAUAAGGACAACAAUCGAAAGCCUGGACCCAGUGAAGGUGAUGAAGACGAAGAUGAUGAUGCUGCUCAGGAGAAGGCAAGGGCAUGGGACGACUGGAAAGAUGAAAAUCCUCGUGGUGCAGGCAAUAAGAAGCUAACUCCCUGUGGGUAGGACGAGCCGUAACAGACAUUUUUCUAAAGUUUGAUAAAUCCGGGAUCUGAUUAUACACGUACAUGUAACGGAUUCCUUGUUUGUGUGAGGUUGAAAGUACAGCGUGUGUAGUUUGAGUGUUUCUUACUGUAGGUUGGAUGAUAAUAACUCGUGUACAAUGCUACCUUUCGAUCAUGUUCAAGCAAUUUACUACCAGGCAUUUGGAAUCCUAUUAUUUUAGAA